AGUGUGAAGAGCGGUGUGAAAAACCAAACUAACGAGUCUCUCUGUCUCUCGUCAAUCGUCAUUGAUAGACACCUUUUUCUUUUUAUUCAUCUUCAUGUCUAAUCUUUUCCAAAUCGAUCAAUAUCAGAAAAUUUCCUGUCGAAGCCACAAGGCACAAGGGUAGCCUCUUUUCUCAGAAUUCACACUGCACAGAACCAAAUUCAACCAUUCAAGAACUGCAAUCCCGAGAUCCACCCUUGUCCCAGAGCCCCACUAAUUAAUUUCUUUGUCCAAAAGCACGUACACAGUACUCUAAUUCCAUGACUAGAGAAAACCCAGUAUUUCUGGUAUUGCUCGCAGUCAUCGCUGUCCUUCCGCUAGUCGUCACAGCCCACGCAUCAACCACCGAUUCCUGCAACCGAUCAUGCGGCUCAAAGACCCUCCUCUACCCCUUCGGCUUCUCCUCCGGCUGCGAAAUCCGCCUAAACUGUACCAACAGCACCAUCUUCGUCAACGACUUCCCUGUCCAAUCCGUAAAUCCCGACACCGUAAUGCUCGCCGUCACCUCCAAGUGCAACCGUUCCGUUCAAACGCUUAUCGAGCUCUUCAGCCCCAACUACGCACCCACGUCCCGAAACGCUAUUCUCUUGAAGAACUGCUCCGCGGCGAUGCCGCCUUGCUCGUUGCCGGCCACGAUCGUCUUCCAGACCCACUUCGAGUCGCAGGAUUGCGAAGCCAAUAACAGCACCAAUAACAUAAGUUGCUACACGGUGGGGAAAGAGCGUGCUUUCAUGGACGUUCACAACGUGUCGAAUAGGCACUGCCGGUACUUUGUUUCGUCGAUUACGGCCGAGUCGUUCAACAACUCGGCCUUGUCGCUGGAGGUUCAGGUGGUUGAGCUGGGGUGGUGGUUUGAGGGAGGGUGUGAUCAGUGUUCUAAGAGUGCCAAUUGUACCAAACUUGUGUCCCCAACGACUAAACAGCCAAGUUUUCGGUGCCGGUGCUAUGAUGGAUAUGAAGGUGACGGAUAUCGGGCCGGCACAGGUUGCCGGAAAGUUUCUUCAGUGUGCAACGCCAAAAGGUACAUGUCUGGCAAAUGUGGAGGAACAACUAGAGUGUCUGCUUUAAUCGGAGGCCUUGUUACCGGAGUUGUUAUAAUGACAGCUCUGGGUCUAGUAUGCUGUUGCAUACGGCGGCGCUCCAAAUCGAAAGCCAGACACAGUGCAAAACGCCGUCUAUCUGAAGCUACUGGCUGCUGCAGCAUUCCAAUCUAUGGCUACAAAGAAAUCGAGAAAGCCACAAAUAGCUUCUCAGAUAAACAAAGGCUGGGAACUGGAGCUUACGGAACAGUUUAUGCAGGAAAACUUCACAGUGACGAAUGGGUUGCCAUUAAAAGGAUCAAACAUAGAGAUACUGACAGCGUUGAGCAAGUCAUGAAUGAGAUCAAGCUCCUUUCAUCCGUCAGCCAUUCGAAUCUCGUCCGCCUCCUGGGUUGUUCUAUCGAAUAUGGUGAGCAAAUCCUCGUCUACGAGUUCAUGCCCAACGGAACUUUGUGUCAGCAUUUACACAGAGAGAGAGGAGACGGACUUCCCUGGCAAGUUCGCCUCACCAUUGCUUCCGAAACUGCUCAGGCCAUCGCCCAUCUCCACUCUGCUAUCAACCCUCCAAUAUACCACAGAGACAUCAAGUCAAGCAACAUUCUCUUGGAUUACGACUUCAAAUCCAAAGUUGCAGAUUUUGGUCUUUCUAGGCUUGGCAUGACUGAAAUAUCUCACAUUUCAACUGCUCCGCAAGGGACUCCAGGCUACCUUGAUCCUCAGUACCAUCAGUGUUUUCAUCUGUCUGAUAAAAGCGAUGUGUAUAGCUUUGGUGUAGUGCUUGUUGAGAUCAUUACAGCUUUGAAAGUGGUGGACUUCUCUCGGCCUCAAGAUGAAGUGAACUUGGCUGCUCUUGCUAUUGAUCGGAUAGGGAAGGGGCGCUUAGAUGAGAUUAUAGACCCUUUCCUUGAGCCGCAUAGCGAUGCUUGGACUCUUUCUUCAGUGCAUAAGGUGGCCGAGAUGGCAUUCAGAUGCCUUGCAUAUCACAGGGACAUGAGGCCUUCAAUGAUGGAAGUGGCGACAGAAUUGGAAAGAAUCAGGGCUAGUAGAUGGGAAUCUUCAGAAGAAAAAUAUAGUACAGCUUCGUCAGAGGUAUCUUCUUGCUCUUCUUCAUCCAAUCUAAGUGAAAAACCUCUAAGCGUCUCGGUUAAGAAGGCCAGAUUGGAAAGCAGAGGGCUGCUUGUGCUGCCGGUUGCGGCCGGGAGCUUUAACUCAAUGGACAUGGUGAGGAAUAAUUCACCAGUUUCUGUGCAGGACCCAUGGUUAAGUGAACAGAGUUCACCUUCAUCAAGCAGUUUGCUAAAUAAUGUAAUUCAGUGAUCUAAAACUGAUUUUCUUUGAGUGCAUAGGUUCAUCUUAAUUAAGCCGGCCUGUUAAUACCACCAAUAUAUAUUUUUCCAGUAUUACAGUUUUGUCA